GCGUUUGCAAUAAUCCCCAUACAAUACAGCACUUGCUGGCUGUCAUAGGUAUUAUUAGUGAAUCAGUCCGUCACUGUUAAAGAAGACAAACCAGGGGGAAAAAAGUCCAAAUUAAAGAACGAUGCCGCUCGCCACCGACCUGAUGCACCCCCUCUACGAGGUGGAGAAGAGGAGGCACAAGAAGAAGAGACUGGUGCAGAGCCCCAACUCCUACUUCAUGGACGUCAAGUGUCCAGGCUGCUACAGGAUCACCACGGUGUUCAGCCACGCACAGAGAGUGGUGCCCUGCGCUGGGUGCUCCUACGUCCUGUGUCAACCCAAAGGAGGAAAGUGCCGCCUGACAGAAGGCUGCUCGUUCAGGAGAAAGCAACACUGAGUACGUUCCCAUCACGCCUGAAGAAAGACGAAAAGUGAAUGUCCCUGUCUCCAGCUCGCCCGGGGACUGCCAGGCUGACGUGAGCAGUACUCUGCUUGAUGGGGGUGGACUGAGGAUGGUGGAGGUUCCUCUCACUGCCGGCUGAUUUCAGUGGGGGCUGUAGUGUCCAGAAGCAGAGCCGUGCACAAACCACAUGCACACCAGAGUUAAAAAUGCUUCUCCCUACACAGUAACUUAAAUAUAAAUCUGUCGUAGAAUCGGAAGGUAUCAUAAAGAAAGCAUUGUUUUUACAGUAAGUCUUCAUUUUAAGGGACCUUUUCUAUGAAUUAAGUUCUUACUGUAAUAUACUUCUUCCAAUAAAAGCUCAGUGUCUUAAAUUCA